AUGGGUCGGGUCUGUAGUGGCCCAAGACCCACCGGAGGCGGAGGUCUGGCGAAGAAGAGAGAAGGCGCUGGUGGAGCGGCACGUUGUGCGCCUGCGCCGUGGACCCAGCGAGGGCGGCGGACCCAGCGAGGGCGGCGCGUGCGGGACCGCGAGGGGGCGACGGGGCGCGAGGCCGGCGGAGCGGGGCGGGGCCGGGCGGGGCGGGCAGGGGGAGGGGCCGGCGGGGCAACUGCGGCGGCGGCGGAGCCCGAGCGGGCGGCCUGCGAGGGAGCUGCUGCUGCAGGAGCGCCUGGAUCCCCGGCCAGGGCGGGGGCCGCACCCAAUGCAGGAAAAGGCCCUGGACCGGGUGCGGGCACCAGCAGCAGCAGCAGCAGCAUGGCGGGCGAGGUGGAGGAGAUCACCCGCCUGCGAAAGCCACGCUUCUCCUAUGAAGAGAACCAAAUCCUGAUCCAGGAGGUGCGGGCCAACUACUCCCAGCUGUACGGCACGCAGAGCCGCCGGGUGACGGUGGCCGAGCGGAGGCGGGUGUGGGAGGGCAUUGCCGCCAAGAUCAACGGUAUCACCAGCUGGAAGCGCACGGGCCAGGAGGUGCAGAAGCGCUGGAAUGACUUCAAGCGCAGGACCAAGGAGAAGCUGGCCAGGGUCCCCCACUCCACGCAGGGCGGCGGGUCUGGGCCUGGAGCCUCGGAGGACGCCUUCUCUGCCGAGGAGGAAACCAUCUUCGCCAUCCUGGGGCCCGGUGUGGUGGGGGGGCCCGAGCUCAACACCGGGCCGUCAGCUUCCUUCCACCCGCCUCCCCCGCCGGGCCCCUUCCCUCACCGAUACCUCCUGGGGGGAGAGCAGCGGCCGGCCGAAACCUCAGUCCGGAACAAGGCCUGCAGCAGCCCCGAGCCAUCGGCCCGCCCUCCUUGCUACCCCUCGGAGGGCAUCCUCCUUCGUCCCAAAGAGCGGGACUCCCCACCCCCUCCUGCCCCAGCCCCUGCCCCAGACCAGGCAGCCCUGCAGAUUGUCCAGCUCCCGAGGCUAGCCCCAUCGCCACCUCUGCGUCCCCCGUGUCCAGGCCCCUCUCCUUCCAGCCUCCCGCCGCCGCCUCCCCUUCCACCCACCUUAGACCCUUCUCUGGACUUCCUCCGUGCCCAGCGGGAGACUGCAGAGGCCAUCCGUGAAUUGGAAGGCACUUUGCGCCAGGGACUGGCUAAGCUGAGCAAUGUCCUCAGCGCCCUCCUGCCCCUCUUGGCUGGCCCAGAGCCACCCGUGCCCCUGCCUGCUGCCGGGCUGGCCCCGGCCCACCCCAAGGUGGAGACCUCACCUGAGCCCGCGGCGUUAGCCGUGGAGGAGGGAGAGGAAGCAGCCAUAGUGGGGACUCCCCCAGGGCAGGAGGGGGGUACCCGGCCUCCUCUACCCAGAGAUUCACCUCCAGUGAAGAGGAGGAAAGGUUUCCCAACGCGAAAACGGAGGGGAAGGUGGAAGAACAUGUGAUCACCCUGCUCAGGGGUGUCCCGCUGCCUGCUCCCGGUCUCCUGCCACCCUCUGCCCUGCUUGGCCCAGUUCAGGGGGAAAGGGAGGCUCAACACUGCUUGUAACCAAUUCCAGUGGGCUCUGGUCCCUUCAGCUGCUCCCUCCUGUCGCUCUCCGUUCCCACCACCCCCUCUGGGGCUGUGCCACCCACAAUCCCCGUUUAGUGCCUGAUUUUCUUUAGCGUUAGGCUCAAGUUUCACAGAAUUUGGAGAUGGAGGGGACUUUGGAGUCCCCUCAGCCCAAUCCCCUCAUUUUAGAGAGGAGGAAUGAAGCCCGGAGAGAUGGAGAGACUUGCCCAAGGUCCCCCCAUAGCGUCGAAGUGGCAGGUCCAGAUUCAGACCUAAACCCUCAGACUCCAGAUGCAGGGUUCUUUCCCACAAUUCCACGCUGCCUGCCCCCUAGUCAGACACAUGCCCAGCCUCCCCAAGUAUCACAGCCUUAGGAGUAUCCCCAUCUUGGACGUGCAAAGCCGUCACUUUAACCUUAUUUAUUACUGUUCUGUGGGAGGUGCGGUUGGAGGGUCUGUGACCCCCUUAUCCACCAGGUGGAAUUCCCACCUGAUCACCCCCAGCUCGUGGGGGCCUCCUGUCCCGUGGCCCAGAAGCUAGGCUUAGGGUUCCACCACUGUGCCUAGACGGCAUCUGAACCUGGGGUUCAGACGCGACGGGCAAGACAUGGGGAAGUCAGGAGCUCCCCGCCCCUCCUAGCACACCAGAGGGGCUAAGUCCCCGGUCCCUCCAGGCCUCAGGCCUUCCCGCUACCACUCUGUGCCCGCCUUCUUACCCCCCCCCCCACAAGAACAAGAUAUCAAUAAACUAUUUUUUAAUACAAA